UAAAUCAUGAGGAAUUGGCAUCCGAAAGGCUUAAGUGGACUAUGAGAUGCGGGUGGAGUGUCGGGGAUGGGGACUAGGGAUAGCCGGAAACAUGGAAGAUCACGACGAAUGUUGGAGGUAUGUUGAACGGUAGGUGCUUUGUUAACUUUGUUGCUUCUGGUCAUUCGUUUCUCAAUGUGUUUUCCCUAGUAUAUCAUAUUGCGACUUCAAUCUCAUCCGUCGUCACUAUUAUCUCUCCUGAACAUAUUACGAGUAUGCCUAAUCUAUGUCUUUGUGGUCGCAUGCGAUUAUUUCCCUCAUUUCUUCUAUCUCCGUCCUCGUCUACCAGAUACCAGAUUCCAUGCAUGUCGGGCGGUUCGCGGCCGUUGCCUUGAAAGUUCACUGUCCGAAGACCAAGCGCAUGACGCGGAAUAGACCGAUUCCCGGGGGAAAGGGCUCAUGAUUGCCCUCC